AUGGCUGAGACGAUCACGGUCGAUUACUUGGUGAUUGGCGCUGGUGCAAUGGGAAUGGCAUUCACAGACACAUUGCUCACCGAUACCAAGGCCACAGUGGCCAUUGUUGACCGUUUUGCUCAACCGGGCGGCCAUUGGGUGGUCGCGUACCCGUUUGUUCGCCUGCACCAGCCUUCUAAUUUCUAUGGGGUCAACUCCCGGAAACUUGGCGAGGAGACCAUCGAUCAAACUGGCUGGAACAAAGGCCUGUUUGAGCUCGCAACUGGCGACGAAGUCUUGGCAUACUACAGUAAAGUCAUGAACAGGACCUUCCUCCCUUCUGGUCGAGUCAGAUAUUACCCGAAGCAUGAGUACCUGGGUAAGGGCGAAUUCCGCUCUAUCGUCACGAACAAGAUUUAUAGGGCUGGAGAAAAAACUCGGAUCGUCGAUGCAACCUAUAUGAAAGUUGAGGUUCCAUCUAUGAGACCGCCUAGGUACCAAGUUGCGGAGGGUGUGAAUCUCGUUACACCUAACGACUUACCGAAGACCUCUCGACCAUACGGUGGUUACACCGUGGUUGGUGCUGGGAAGACGGGCAUUGACACCUGUUUGUGGCUUUUGGCAAACGGAGUCGACCCUGUACAUAUAUCGUGGAUCAUGCCUCGCGAUUCGUGGUACCUAGAACGCGGAGCCCUACAACCUGGCCCAGAGUUUGCCGAAAGUACUGCUGCCAGCAUAGCAGCACUCAAUGAAUCAAUGAUGACCGCGACAUCUCCAGAAGAUCUGUUCCUGCGGCUGCAAUCUUCUUUGCAGUUGACGAGACUGGAUGAGCAAGUUUUGCCAACCACGUUCCGUUGCGCCACUGUCUCCCUGGCAGAGCUCGAGCAGAUCCGAAAGAUCACGAAGAUUAUCCGCCAAGGUCGAGUUGUGCAUUUGACUGCCGACGAAGUCACUCUGGAGCGUGGCACGUACAAACCUGUCCCGGACUCGCUGUACAUCGACUGUACCGCUAAUGGUCUAGCAAAGACCAAUCCUGUGCCAGUCUUCUUAGGAAACCAAAUCACCCUCCAGUCAGUACGGCACUGUCAGCAAGUUUUCAGCGCUGCCUUUAUCGCCCACGUCGAGGCCACAUACGGCAAUGACGAGGUCAAGAAAAAUGGGCUUUGCCGCGUCAUUCCACACCCCGAUGAAGUCAUGGACUACCUGACCGUCAACAUCCAGUCCUAUAAGAACGGUCUCCGCUGGAACGCGGAGCCGCAAACGAUGGCCUGGCUGGCUCAAUCCCGUCUGGAUUGGUUCGGAACUUGGCUGCCAAAGGCACCCGAGGAUCCUGCACAGGCUGCAGCUUUCUAUCAGGCCUUCGCGGCGCAGGUUGAGGGCAUCUGCGCAAAUCUGGAGGAACUCAUCGGUCAGCUACCUGAGAAGGAUGCGUCGAGGGCGAAGGCUCAGUUGGCGAGGUUCUAG